AUUUUUUCUUCUUCGCGACACCGCGAAUCGUCGUUCCUGUCUCUCUCCCGCCUCCGUUGAGCUCGCCGCCGGUUUUGCUUCGGCACACCACGCAAAACCCAAUGAUUAAAUAAGAGGAUUAACUAAAGAGAAGUGGAGGGUCAGAGCUGAAGAUGGAUCUUUCUACGUUCAAGCUAGACAUUGACGAGCUUAUUUAUGAGUUCGUUCAGAGUGAAUCAACAACGUUAAAUGAUAUGAAGAGAGUAUGGUUAUCGAGGAAAUUCUCAUACAUUUAUGAGGCCAGUCCUUCUACGAACUUGGCUUUUUUUAUGCAGUCACUCUAUGCCCAUACUAUUAGUCACAUGGUCAAUUUUGAUUCUUUAUCUUGCAGACUAGGAGGGCUUUAUUGCCUCUACUGCCUCUAUGAAACUCAACCAUUCAAACCUCCUUUCAAGAUUUAUCUCUCACUCGGAGAGCUGAAGAAACUUAAAAGCCUUGUUGCUGAGGCAAACGAAAAGGGUAUAAGAGUAGUGCCUACUUUGGUCAAAAGGAUGCUGGAAAAAAAUAUGUUUCUGUUUGGUUUUGUAGACUUUAAGGAAGGCUCGGUUAGUGAGACAAUUAACAGUCUGACAAAGUUACAAGACGCCCGUAUACAAGUUGCAUAUGAGAAGUUAUUUACCGAUACUGAGAUUGAGCAAUACCUCCACAUGAACUUGGGUAUGGAAGUUGACCUCAAUAUGCUAAAGAAACUGUCUACAGAAUAUGCAGUGGCCAAGAAACAAGCCAUUGAAGAGGCCAGCGAGGUGGUGGAUGUCCAGAACAUAAAGCAUAUAUCAGAAAAUAAGGAAUCUCUUAGUGAAAUAGUGGAGAAGAUAGAUGAGAAUUGGAACAACCAAAGAGAAGUUUUUUAUCAACGGACAAGAUUGAACCCACAGCCUGCUGAAGAGGAACAGCCACAGCAAUUACAACUGCAAGAAAAUGAGCAGGAAGACGAGGUUGCUGAUGAAAUCUUUCAACUACUAUAUCAAAACGAGUGAAUUCUGCCCCUAUUUUUUGUGCAAUUAAUGGUGUCAGUGGUGGUGUUGGGAUUGGUAUCCUUUGUGAUUAUGUCGGUAUAUUGAGAUUUGAAAUAUUUCUGUAUAUAUGGAAAGGGGCAUCUGAACUUCGAAGACGGGAGAAAUGUUUCUUAUGAAAAUGUUCAAUGAAAUUUCAGUUGCCAUUAA